AUGCGGCCACAAAGUGGCGGCCGGAGCGUCGCCCGAACGCUUUGUGAAGGGAUCGACGGGGGAAAGGAAGCGGAAGCCGCCGGCAAGAUGGCGGCUAUCGAAGAGGAAGAAAUGGGGAGCAGCUGGAGGAGAAGGGGAGCGGCUGAAUGGUUGCUCCGAGGGCUUCUCCUCUGCGCCUUGGCGGCAGGCUCAGGGUGGUGCAACUCCGUGGAGAGGAAAAUCUACAUCCCGCUGAACAGGACAGCUACGUGUGUUCGCUUGAUGAAUGCCACGCAUCAGAUAGGCUGCCAGUCCUCAAUGAAUGGAGACACUGGAGUCAUCCACGUGGUGGAGAAGCAGGAGGAUGUCCAGUGGGUGCUUUCCGAUGGCCCUCAUCCCCCGUACAUGGUGCUGCUAGACGGAGAGCUUUUUACCAGGGUCAUGAUGGAUCAACUCAAAGAGAGCUCGCGGAUCUCCGGCGUGGCUGUGGCCAUGGCCAAACCCAGCCCUGCUGGAGGGUUCUCUCCUGGCUCCAAAUGCCCAAACGAUGGCUUUGGUGUGUACUCCAGCGAAUAUGGCAGUCAGUACGCCCACUGCAAUCGUAUGGAGUGGAACCCCCUGGGCAACGGCCUUUUCUACGAGGACUUCAGUUUCCCCAUCUUCCUCCUUCAAGAUGAGAACGAGACUCAGGUUAUUAAGCAGUGCUACCAAACCUACAACCUCCCUCGCAACGGCUCCGUCCCACAGUACCCGCUGUGUGCUAUGCAGCUAUUCUCCCACAUGCACGCCGUGACCAGCACGGUCACUUGCAUGCGGCGCACCUCCCUCCAGAGCACUUUCAGCAUCAAUCCGGAAGUCAUCUGCGACCCGCUGUCUGAUUACAACGUAUGGAGCACGCUGAAACCCAUCAACGUUUCCGCGACGCUGAACUCCACCGAGAAAGUCAUAAUGGUUGCGACUCGAAUCGACAGCCAUUCCAUGUUCUGGAACGUGGCUCCCGGGGCAGAGAGUGCCGUUGCGUCUUUUGUAACCCAUUUAGCCGCAGCUGAAGCCAUCCACAAAGUACCAGGUGUUGAGGCGCUGCCGAAAAACAUCAUGUUCACCUUCUUCCAGGGGGAAAGCUUUGAUUACAUUGGCAGCUCCCGCAUGGCCUAUGAAAUGCAGAAAAAUAAGUUUCCAUUCAGGCUGGAGAACAUCGAUUGCUUCCUGGAGCUGGGUCAGAUCGCGCUGAGGAAUUCCUCCGUUCUCUGGAUGCACACGGAUCCUGUGACCCAAAAGAACUUGUCUGUUCAGAUCGGCAACAUGGUGGCAGCGUUGAGGAACAGCACUGGUGCCACCAGGGUGGAAGUGCACGAGAUUGGCUCGUCCCAGGCUCUCCCGCCAUCAUCCUUCCAGAGAUUCCUGAGGCUCAAGGAGAUUCCCGGGGUGGUGCUGGCUGACCACAGCGCCUCCUUCCAAAACAAGUACUACCAGAGCAUCUACGACACGGCGGAGAACAUCCUGCUGGACUAUCCCAAGUGGUUGAGCCCCGAAGAGGCCCUGGAUCACGUGACGCCGACAGCCGAGUCCCUGGCAGAAGUGGCCACUGUGGUUGCCCGUGCUCUCUACCAGCUUGCGGGGGGAAGCGGCAACGCCUCAGCUAUUCAGGCAGAUCCAAGGACGGUCACGCGUAUGUUGUACGGCUUCCUGGUCAGGACGAACAACAGCUGGUUCCAGUCAAUUAUUAAGUCGGACUUGAAAGGAAUUCUGGAAAAUGAACCCCCUCCAUACUACAUUGCUGUUUCGAAACCCGUGAACGCAACCUACCUCGUGCAUUACGUCUUGGCCAAUCUGACGGGUACCGCGAUCAACCUGACCAAAGAGCAGUGCUUGAACGCUGACGUAAACCUGUACGAGUACGCGUGGGUGCAGGGUCCCCGGGACCCCAAUGCUACAUCCAGCCGCCAUUCCUUCUGCGUCCAGUCAACGGUCCGCCUGUCUUCGGCCAGCUCCCCAGCCUUUGAGCUCCGAGAGUGGGGCUCCACUGAGUACUCCACCUGGACGGAGAGCCGCUGGAAAGAGCUUCACGCCCGGAUCUUUCUCGUCGCCAGCAGGCAGCUUGAGAUUAUCACGCUCAUUGUGGGCAUCGUCAUCCUGAUUGUCUCGUUUGUCGCCACCUACUUCAUUAACGCCAAAGCGGACGUGCUCUUCGCAACCCCGCCGGACUCUGGAGCCACGGCAUAUUGA